AUGACCCCUCGGUCUCCGGCAAAACAACACCCAAAGACUACAACCAUCUCACAAAGACUCAGAUCUCACGUGGACCAUAACAUAUCGAACCAGCCGCCAGAGCUCAUAGGACUGAAAAACGUUCGCCCUCGCCGUGCUGCAACUUCACCUCCGCCCCACUCCCAGUCGCUUGAAUCUCAACUUCAAGACCCGCAUCAGCCUCUGCAGAACGACAAUCUUGCUAGAGACCCCACACAGUGGGUAGACGCCGUUGAACACCUUGAUCCAGUGAAUGUGCUGGGACAGCCUGUAGACCUUCGCUCGUACACAUCGCCAGCGAGCUCUACCAACUUGUCCACACAAACGCAAUCAAUUCCAAGUUUCUCUCGACCUACCCACUAUUUCCCAGAGUUCCCGCAUUCGCCCCUCCCUUCCGUUUCUGGCAGUCUCGAAUUCGAAUCGUCAUCGUCUGCUGUAGAUCAUCGGCAGCCACACAGUCCUUACUUCGAACUGCAAGAUAUGAGCGCUUUAGGAUACAUGAUGGCGCCUUCGCAAUAUGGUAUGCACCAUUACGGUUCAGCAUCUUCUUACACGCAAAAUUAUCCUCCAAGCAGCCAGCAUGGAUACAUGGAGCAUAGGUCUUCUACUACAGCACCUUACGAUUCAGCAUACGCAUCCAGUCCAGCACUGCAACAUGACCAACGGAGACCGGACGAUCAAACUGUACCCCCUCCAUAUCAAUCUCAACCGCAAGCACUUUCACGUAGCUCUUACCAACAGCAACCGCCUAAUGCGAUGCGCUCUGGCUCCACCUCUUUAGCCUCUAAUGUUCCAGGAUACGGAUAUGCCAACUCAAAUGGCAACAACCCAAAUCAACAACUUGGGAGUAACGCUUCGAGUUAUGCACCACCACAAUUAUAUCCCCCUUCGACUUACAGUGUCGGCGACUAUCAACCACUGCCAACUAUGUACCCACCGUCAUCUACGACUCCGGCUGCUUAUCCGCCCUAUGGAUCUUCACCAGCUAUUCCGCAGCCACCAAUUGGUGAUAUUCCGCCAUUGUCGCCUUCUCCAGGCGCCCAGAGUAGUACCGUCAUGCCACGCGUCUUGAACUCAAGACCGAAACCGCAGUGCUGGGAGCAUGGGUGUAACGGGAGGCAAUUCUCUACAUUUAGCAACCUCCUCCGACACCAACGCGAAAAAUCGGGUACGGCCUCGAAAAGCUACUGUCCUAGGUGCGGUGCGGAGUUCACCCGUACAACCGCAAGGAACGGGCACAUGGCUCAUGACAAAUGCAAACCUCGACGGCCAUCAGAGUCAAGUCACUGA